AUGGUGGGGGGUGGUGGCGGCGGCGGCGGGGCGCUGCGGCGGGUGGGCAAGUACGAGGUGGGACGCACCAUCGGGGAAGGCACCUUCGCCAAGGUCAAGUUCGCGCAGAACACCGAGACCGGGGAGAGCGUCGCCAUGAAGGUGCUCGACCGCUCCUCCAUCCUCAAGCACAAGAUGGCCGAACAGAUUAAAAGAGAGAUAUCCAUAAUGAAGCUUGUCAGGCAUCCCAAUGUCGUUAGGCUACACGAGGUUUUGGCAAGCCGGAAGAAGAUAUUUAUCAUUCUGGAGUUCAUCACUGGUGGCGAGCUAUUCGAUAAAAUUAUUCGUCAUGGGAGACUCAGUGAAGCCGAUGCACGCAGAUACUUUCAGCAGCUUAUUGAUGGUGUUGAUUUUUGUCACAAGAAAGGAGUCUACCAUCGAGACUUAAAGCCCGAAAAUCUCCUCCUUGAUUCCCAGGGCAAUCUUAAAAUUUCAGACUUCGGACUGAGUGCAUGGCCUGCUCAGGGAUCUUCCCUUCUACGUACGACCUGUGGGACCCCGAACUAUGUUGCCCCAGAGGUUCUCAGUCAUAAGGGAUAUAAUGGCGCACUUGCUGAUACAUGGUCAUGUGGAGUUAUUUUAUAUGUAUUGUUAGCAGGUUAUCUUCCAUUUGAUGAAGUGGACUUGACUACCCUUUAUGGAAAGAUCGAGAGUGCAGAAUAUUCAUUCCCAGCCUGGUUUUCAGGUGGUGCAAAAUCACUGAUUCGUAGAAUUCUUGACCCAAAUCCAGAGACACGAAUCAGGAUAGAAGAGAUCAGAAACGAUGAAUGGUUUCAGAAGAAUUAUGAACCUAUCAAAGAAAUAGAAAACGAGGAAGUCAAUCUCGAUGAUGUCAAUGCAGCUUUUGAUGAUCCUGAGGACGAUACUGAGGAUGCUUUCGAAGAUGAAGCAGGUCCUCUGACACUUAAUGCAUUCGACCUAAUCAUUCUUUCGCAAGGAUUGAAUCUUGCAGCGCUCUUUGAUCGCAGACAGGACUAUGACAAGCUUCGAAAUAGAUUCUUAUCACGCAAUCCAGCAAAAGUUAUCUUGUCAAGCAUGGAGGUUGUUGCACAAUCAAUGGGGUUUAAGACACACAUUCGCAAUUAUAAGAUGAGGGUGGAAGGUCUAAAUGCCGACAAGACUAGUCAUCUCUCAGUUAUGGUUGAAGUUUUCGAAGUUGCUCCAUCAAUCUUCAUGGUAGAACUACAAAGAGCAGCAGGAGAUACUUCAGAGUAUAACACGUUUGUAAAUAACUACUGCAGCAAAUUAGAUGAUAUCAUCUGGAAAUUUCCAACUGAGAAGGGAAAAUCAAGGAUGCCCCGGUUAUCAAAGUGCUAA